UUGAGUCUAUGGGAGACUAUAAUGAAUAUUAUAAAAAUCAAAUACAGCAAAAGUUUGGGUAUCGCCCCCAAAUUUGGACAUUUUUAAAAUCUUUGGCGACAUACGUGUGCAGUUUAAAGAUGGACUACGACAAGAGAACAAAAGGUUACUAUAAUUUUCGUGUCACACCAAAUAUAGUACAGCAAAAGAAAAGCAGUCAACUCGAGAACUUAUGGAAAAAUCUUACAUUAAUCACGAAUCAACAGCCAGAUAAGGAUUAUCUGCAACAAUUUGCAAAUAUCUGUAUUCGCGAAAGAUUGGAAGAAUUAAUCUUUAUCAACAAUAAUGAAAUUUUUAAUCACAUGGAGAAAAAUGGAAAAAUGAUUUAUGCAGUCAGUGUAGUACUCCUUUAUAGAAUAAUAUGUGACAGAUGACUGAUUCCGAAGAUGAUGGAAUGGAUAAUGAUAACUAAGUCGAAAACCAGCAGAGAAACCAAGUCGAAAAUCAGAAGCAAAAUCAAGUCGAAAACCAGGAGCAAAACCAAGUUGAAAAUCAGGAGCAAAACCAAUUCGAAAAUCAGAAGCAAA